GUCCUACUACUCCAUCAAACACAUCAAACUUGCUAGUACAUACAUAAAUCAAAUUGAAUUGAAUUAAUCACAUCUCAAAAUGCAGGCAGCUUUGUUUCUUACAUCUAUUCCCCUAGUAAAACCACCCAAGCCCUUAACAACUUCACCUUUGAGAUGUGUUUCAACUCAUCUCAAAAUUACUCACAUUAAAGCAACUCCAAUUGACACUUCUACUGUUGACUAUAGCUCCAUGAACUCAUCAGUGUUUCCUGCUGAAGCUUGUGAGACAAUAGGAGGAGAAACUUGUGAUGUUGAAAUGUAUCCUGAAACCAAACCUAAAUCUACACCCUCAAGCAAAACUCUGUCUAUGGAGAGUGUAGAUAGAGAAUAUCUUGCCUAUAACGAACCAAAAACUGUAUUCUUAUCAGAAGCUUGUGAUGAUCUUGGAGGAGAAUUUUGUGAAGCAAAGUAUCAGACUGGAGUUUAUUAAGAAUAAUAUUGUUCAUAUUUAUAUGUAGAUAUAUAAUUAAUUAAUAACAUGUGUUAAUUUAUGCUACUCUAUUUGAAUAAUUAUUUCGAUUUUCUAUCU